UUUUGGCCCGGGUCAGGGCCAGAGGCCUGCAGAGCGCAUGCUCUGGGGCAGUUCGCGGCCCAGCCAGUGAGCCGAGGAGUUCCUUGUAGCUUGACCUGCACGGAGGACAGAAGGAUGCCACCCAAGCGUAUGGCUAAGAGAACGUCGCCCCCAGAAGAUGCCCUCCUCAAAAGCAAGAAGGCAAAGAACCCUCGCAACCAGGCAGUGAGUUCCCUCGUUGCAUCCCACCGCACUCCAGGCACCCGCUACUUCCGAGGUGCCUGCAGGCCAAGCACUCCUGACCAGGAAACCCAACCAGUCUCUCAUAGGUCCCACCGCACAGAACCGGGUCUGGUGCUGACACUGGGCCAGGGAGAUGUGGGCCAGCUGGGGCUGGGCGAGAAUGUGAUGGAGAGGAAGAAGCCAGCCCUCGUUCCCAUUCCUGAAGACAUCGUACAGGCUGAGGCUGGGGGCAUGCACACCGUGUGUCUAAGCAAAAGCGGCCAGGUCUACUCCUUUGGCUGCAACGACGAGGGUGCCCUGGGAAGGGACACGUCAGUGGAAGGCUCAGAGAUGGUUCCUGGGAAAGUGGAACUGCAAGAGAAGGUGGUACAAGUGUCAGCAGGAGACAGUCACACAGCAGCCCUCACCGAGGAUGGCCGUGUCUUCCUCUGGGGCUCCUUCCGGGACAAUAAUGGCGUGAUCGGGCUCUUGGAGCCCAUGAAGAAGAGCAUGGUUCCCGUGCAAGUGCAGCUGAGCGUGCCCGUGGUGAAGGUGGCCUCAGGAAACGACCACUUGGUGAUGCUCACAGCUGAUGGUGACCUCUACACUUUGGGCUGCGGGGAGCAGGGCCAGCUGGGCCGUGUGCCUGAAUUAUUUGCCAAUCGUGGUGGCCGGCAGGGCCUUGAACGACUCCUGGUCCCCAGGCGUGUGAUGUUGAAAUGCAGGGGAAGCCGGGGCCACGUGCGAUUCCAGGAUGCCUUCUGUGGCGCCUACUUCACUUUUGCCAUCUCCCUCGAGGGCCAUGUGUAUGGCUUUGGCCUUUCAAACUACCAUCAGCUCGGAACCUCAGGCACAGAAUCCUGCUUUGUACCCCAGAACCUGACCUCCUUUAAGAACUCUACCAAGUCCUGGGUGGGCUUCUCUGGUGGCCAGCACCAUACAGUCUGCAUGGAUUCGGAAGGAAAAGCAUACAGCCUGGGCCGGGCUGAGUACGGGCGUCUGGGCCUCGGGGAGGGUGCCGAGGAGAAGAGUGUACCCACCCUCAUCUCCAGGCUGCCUGCCGUCUCCUCGGUGGCUUGUGGGGCCUCUGUGGGCUAUGCUGUGACCAAGGAUGGUCGUGUUUUUGCCUGGGGCAUGGGCACAAACUACCAGCUGGGCACAGGGCAAGAGGAGGACUCCUGGAGCCCCGUGGAGAUGACAGGCAAACAGCUGGAGAACCGAAUGGUUUUAUCUGUGUCCAGCGGGGGCCAGCACACAGUCUUACUGGUGAAGAACAAGGAACAGAGCUGAUGAAGCCUCGGAGGGCCUGGCUCCCAGCCCCUGCACCCUCCCUCCCGGAACACGGAAGCCGUGAUGACUGCGGCUCCAGCAGGCUUCCCCUAGCCCCAAGUACUUUGUCAUCUCCUGCCUUUUCUCCAUCCACAGAACAGAAUCGUCUUUUUCUUCCUCCUUUCUGGAAUUGUCCUGGAACCUACAGGAUGAAGGGAGGGGAGCGGGUUUUGUGGGGAUGUUGCUCACCCCAGAACUAUGUGAUUAGACCGUUCCUCCUCCUCCCUACCUCCCAUGGUCCCAGCGGACCCUGGUUUUGUCUACCAAAAACCAAAACUUCCUCUCGGGGGGCUUGGUUCCCACACCCUGAGAAGUCAGGGCCCCAUCAAGCCCUACUCUAGUCAUGUGCCACUCUGCCUGCCCUUGAUGAUCCACAUGCAGACAAACGGUACAGUUGUUAGACCCAGCUGUCAUGGACCCGCGCCUGGGGGAAACUAGAGAAGGGGCAGGGCUACCAGCCAUGGGCAAGCCCAAGCCAAAUAUUUGGCUCUGAACAGGUGUCCGUGGGGCAGACAAAAAAAAAAAAAAAAAAACAAACGACGAUCCUCCGCUUGAUUAAAACCAAUUAGCCUUUCUCCCAGAAGCACAAAGCAUUCUGCCCCGCACUGCCGACCCAGCCCGCCUCACCUGUAGCCGAGGGCCUGAAAUCUGGAAAGGAAGCUACGCCUGCAGAGCAGGACAUGGAGGGAGAGGGAAAGGAGGGUUUUCGAAACAAACAUAGCAAUAUCAAGAGUGAAGGGAGGGCAGGGAAGAGGUUUGGAUGGGCAGAGGCUGGUCCCCAGAAAGUGAAGCAGCAGCUUGUACAGUGUCUGAAAAAUAGCAAGCAGUUUAAUUUUUUUAAUGUAAAGUAUUUUAGAAGGGAGAGUGAAAUCUUUUAACAUUUUGAAUAAAUUUAGAGUUUUAUAAAACAGGCCACUUGUUUUCUACACACUCCCUGCUUUUUUAAGGGAGCAUCUGCUGUGCUGGGAAGGGCAGGAUAGACCCACACCUGUGAACUUGGCCAAGACUAGGACUUAAGGCGAUGUCAAGGUGUCCUGAUACGUGCCUGUCAGCUAUUGAUGUAAACUGUUCCAUACAAAUCAAAAAAAAUCGAUUUUUGUUUAGGUAUUUAUGUUCCAGGAAUCAUUGUAUUUUUAAAGAAGAUUAUGCUGCAUAAUAUGAGACAUGGAAUGGUUCUUCAGCGUCUUAGUCCCAAACCAGAACAGUACAUCUCUAGAAAUACUUAAACUGAGCCUGCUGUUGUAUCAUUUUCAACAGCGGAUGUAACUGAUCAAACAUGAUUGAUUACACAGUAACGCUUAAGGCAACUUAAGUACAUUAACGUAGGUUUUCACAGGCAAUAGAACAAACAAAACAUACAGCUGAUCUGUCCAGUAUGGUGGUCACUAGCUUUAGGUGGCCAUUUUCAUUUAAAUCAAUUACAAUUUGUAAAAAUUUUAAAUUCUGUUGCACUGGCUACAUUUUGAGUCCUCAAUAAUUACAUGUGGCUAGUGUGAUGGCAUUGGGCUAUGUAAAUGUAGAAAUAUAUAGAACAUUUCUAUAAUUGCAGAAAGUUACAAAGGACAAUGUUGAUAUGGGAGGUCUGUAUGUGUAUAACUGGAAAGUUUUAUCAGUGCCAGAAAGAUUCUUCUUGGAUGUAAGUGACUCUUGGAAAAAUGAAUAUGAUGUAAAAUAACUUAAAA